GUAUCUCGGCAGAUACUGGGGGCUCAGGGGAGCCCAAGGCAGCCCCACGUGUGAAGGCGGCUGCGAAGAAGGCAACGGCACCUGUAAAAAAGGAAACGAAGCCGAAGGAGACCCAGAAGAAGGCGGCAAAGGAGGUGGAGCCGAAGGACGAUGCAUCGAUUCCCAAGCAGCCGCAAAUGCCGAUCUCGCAGUUUAUGACAAAGCCUGCUGCUGCUGCUAUGGUGUCGGACUUCUUGGAUAAGAGCUACGGUUCGAGCCACCUUUCGCCGGCAAAAAUCAGGCCCACCCAGAGUACGCCGAUCAAGUCGACUGCGAGCACACCUAUCAAAUCCCCUUUUCACAAGAAGGUGAAGCUGUUUGGCAGCCCGGGUGUGGCAGCUGGUUCCGUUGAG